CCUGAGGCUCUGAUUGUUCGUCCGCUUGUUCUGUUUGUUGCCAGGUCCUCCGCUGGCAGACAUGACACCACUAUGGAGUUCUUGAGAAAUAGUCUCUGUGGUACCCGUAGAGACUAUGAACGUGUCUAUGGAGCCUUCGAGGCCGAUUCCCCCGAUUUAACAUUCGUGCAUGGCUCGAAUCGGCCGUUUGCGCCUACGGGGCUUAUUGCAACCCGUAUUAGAACGUUCUUAACUCGAGCGGAGAACGAAAGACGAGAUGUAGUUCUGGCCAUAAAUGGCUGGGACGGUCUUACGACAAAUGAAUUAUCAUUUGCCUCUCUUUUCCGGCCUGUAGAGAAGAUCGCUGUGAAACUCCGGAUCUAUGUCGAUUCGCCCCGUGUUUUCAAAGAGGCCGACGCUGCUAUUGCAGCGAAGGUGUUCACCGGAGAGAUUGAUAUUGAAACAAAUGGACAUCUGCUUCCGGAUUCCACGGCUCAAUUUAUCUCUAAAGUGCGAGCUAUUGGCGCUGCAAAGUUGCUGCUCUCCUCGGAUAUGCAGAGCCUCCUUAGUGAAUCGCACCAAAGAAACACUCCGCCGAACCCUGGAUCCCUGCAACGCUAUAAGUGCGCUCAAUGUGGCAAGGAAAUGCCGACCAUACAAACCCUCAAUGUGCAUCUUAAUAGAUCGCACGGUAACAAGGUCUCUUGCAAGUAUUGCGGGAUGAUAUUUGGCAGAAAGGACCACCGAGAUCGGCAUGAACAAGCGGCUAUCUGCCCCGAACAUCCAGACUAUGUGGCUCCAGAAAAGAAGCGCCGGGCACCAAGAGGCAUCUCUGAACGUUUCCAGAAGCGUGUAGAGACAGCCGCGAGCCGGGGUAAUCCCAGCUCGGACAACGCCUAUCCGGCGUACCACGAGUUGCAAGCUAACGACUCGAGAUUUCCACGGGUUGAUAUUGACAAGCCCAUUGUUUAUCGAGGAGAGGUCUUCUGUCGAUUUCCGGCGUGUGUUCACCCGACUAAAUUCAGUGAGACAACUAAGUUGAGAACUCACUAUAAACUGAAGCAUGGGCUCAUGUACCCGGCCUACACGGUCGGGAGAAUGUUCCCGAUUGAUGAGAAAACACACGCCGAUGGUUUGGAGUGGUUGGCUCGCUGUGUCUAUAUGGGAGAGGAUACUGCUGGCCCCCAGCCAGUGCCAGAACGGCGUUGACAGAAUGUAAACAUAC